CUCUCUAGGCACUCGGGAGGUCUCCUCUCAUCGCCUUUACCUUGGAAAUGGCGGACGAAGAAAAGUACCUCACGGUGUCCGGAGAGCGCAUCACGUUGCAGCGCCGCCGCCACAGCGCCUCCUGCCGGGAGUUCCUGGUGCGCUGCCCGCGGCUGCAGCUGCGGUCGCUCAGCGCAGUCACUUGCUCGGUGUGGCUGGUGGCCUACGGGCUCUUCGUGCUCUGUCAGAACAGCAUGGUGCUCUCUGCUGCUAUAUUUGUCACACUGAUCGGUUUGCUUGUGUAUCUGCACUUUGUGAGGAUCGACCAGGAGUCCCUGCUGAUUGUUGGCUCACUUGGAAUACAGAUGACUUCAUACUAUGCUUCUGGCAAAGAGAGUACAACUUUCAUAGAGAUGAACCAGGUAAAAGAUGUGGUCAUCAAUGAAGCCAUCUACAUGCAAAAGGUUAUCUAUUAUCUAUGUAUUCUUCUUCAGGAUCCUAUAGAACCUCAUGUAGUUUCUGAGGUAGUGCCACUGUUUCAGAGCUCCAAGCCACGCCUAGACUGUCUUGUGAAAGUGUACAAAAGUUGCCAAGAAAUCUUGGAGCAGAGCAAAAAAUCUUGACAUCAAACUGUAACACAAAACCCUUAUCAAGGUAGAAAAUGUUCUACUUUGCAAAGAUUUGUUAAAAUAUAUGCAGAAUGGCAAACAUGCUAAUGAACUUGACAACUUGAUGGCAGUGGAUCCUAAUGGACCAGAGAACUGGAAACUGCAGUUGUGUUCUGGGCAGACUGAACAUACUGUCUUGGAGAAAUGUUAGGGGGGAAAUCUAAACCAGACCCAUCUCUUCUUUGGUCAACAUGAUGUUGUAAGAAACUUGACAAUAAUCUUCUUUUCUGUCAACAAUUAACUCUGCUUCAGUGAACUGAAAUCUACAAGGAAAGUUCAGCAGCAAUGGGCUGAUGAGUGCCAUAUGCAAUCUUGCUCCUGUUCUUAAUGCAUGUCCGUGAACGAAGAGAAGCUGGCAGCAGCAUUGAACUGUUUUCUGAGGGCUGAUAAUUAUUUCAUGGGGCCUGCUGAUAUGCAGGCUUAUCAUUAGCAUUCUGUAAUUGUUAUCAUGUGAUUAAAAUGCUUUGCUUUCUGGAUUGUUAUAAAAA